UGUAGAGCGGAGCGGUGAGGGAGGCGGAGACGCCGAAUGUAGGGGUUGGGCGAUUCGUGCGAGUCUAACCUACACGGACGUGGCGUUUGACCUGCAUUUUCGUGUGGCAGAACGGCGUGAGGGUGGGCCGAGCGGGGAGCUGCGUGCCGCUUUCUGCCGGUGGAGCUCACGGCGCCGUUCCGACCCGGCGAUGGGUGCUGGUCGGCGGGGUGACUUGGUGAGCACCCGAAGAAUUGCGCUUCGUUUGAAGGAAGGAGAAGCAGGUGGUCCCGGGAGAGACCGUAGGCGUCAGAAGGAGUCCUUUCUUGUGCCGCAGUGUCCUUGUGUGGUGGUCUCUGGCUUUGAAGGGGGCUUUUUCUCCACCAUCUUUUCCAGUUUGUUUGGAACUCGAGAGAUGAGGAUUCUCAUCCUGGGGCUGGAUGGAGCUGGAAAAACAACCAUCCUGUACAGGUUACAAGUUGGUGAAGUUGUUACCACCAUUCCAACAAUUGGCUUCAAUGUUGAAACAGUGACAUACAAGAAUCUGAAAUUUCAAGUUUGGGAUCUGGGAGGACAGACAAGCAUAAGGCCAUACUGGAGGUGUUACUAUUCCAAUACAGAUGCAGUCAUUUAUGUAGUGGACAGCUGUGAUCGAGACAGGAUUGGCACUUCAAAAUCGGAGCUUGUUGCUAUGCUGGAGGAAGAAGAAUUGAAGAAAGCCAUUUUGGUGGUGUUUGCAAAUAAGCAGGACAUGGAACAGGCCAUGACUCCCACAGAAAUGGCAAACGCACUGGGAUUACCAGCACUGAAGGACAGAAAAUGGCAGAUAUUCAAAACCUCUGCUACUAAAGGCACGGGGCUUGAUGAAGCAAUGGAGUGGUUGGUGGAAGCCUUGAAGAGUAGACAGUGAUACAAAACUGACAAUUGCCAAGAAGUUUCAACUACAUCCAGCAUCCCUCUUUCUGCAGUCAAGUAUGGUCAGGCCACAAGUACUUGUAAAUAGGGCAGGUUUGCAUUUGGGUCAUGUAAUGUGGAUGCCUCUCUUCAGCUAGAAAACUGAACCAAGUGGAUGUCUGUGUACAUUAUGAUCUUCAUUUUCUUUCUUUGUGUUUAAAGAUGUGCUUAAUAUUUGUAUGAAAGUUUUUCUGGAGGGCAAAGGGAUUUAUAUAUUCUUUUUCCAUUCACUGGGUAGUUUGAAGUUGGUGUGGUUACUCUAUUUGUGUAAUUAAAACACUAAUAAAAUCCACAAUGAUCAGCUGUA